UAUAUUCGUUUCUACGGGCUUGUUUUCACCGGUUAAAACAAGUCGCUUUUCUCAACUAGUAGUUUUGUCGCUGCCCCCGAAAUGAACCAUCAUUGGCAGAAUGGUGCGACUGCUUGAUCUUGCUCGGAGAUUGCAGAAAACGAACUCAAUUCUUUUGCUUCCUCGCAUCUUCACCUCACAACUUCUUCUGCCUGCUUCGCCUACUCUUGCUCAGCACAAUCUUCGGCGGCAUUUCUCUGGGGUGUUUCGUCGAACAGCUUUCAGUCGUGUUCCUCAAACUCGUAACUUCUCCAGCUUCCAAACCGCCCAGACUUACGAAAUUAUUAAUUUUGAAGAACACGUUGAGCGACUAGGCGAAAAUUCCCGAUUGGGUGUGAGUGAAUUCAUUGGGUUACUCGAAAAGGCAAAGGAUUUUGCUUCAGGAGAUGAAGCCAUUGCUUUUCUUGAUCAGUGUAGUGUCAAACCCAGCAAAGAUUUUGUCUUUUUGGUGAUAUGGGCUCUGAGAGACCAGUGGCAGUUGGCUUAUUUAGCAUUCAAGUGGGGUGAGAAAUGGGAGUGCAUUGUUGAAAAAACUUGGUGUUUGGUGAUAUGGGUGCUGGGCAACCACAAGAAGUUCAGUAUUGCCUGGGCUUUGAUCAGUGGCCUUGUACGCAAUUCAGUGGAUGUCCAAGAGGCCGUUCUCAUUAUGAUUGAUAGGUACGCUGCAGCAAAUUAUCCUGACAAGGCUAUCCGGGCAUUUCAGAUAAUGGAGAAUUUCAGCUUGUCUCCUGAUCAGAAAGUGUUCUUAUCGUUCUUGGAUAUUCUUUGUAAACAUGGAUUUAUUGAAGAGGCUGAAGAAUUCAUGCUUGUCAAUAAGAAGCUAUUCCCGUUGGGAAUUGAUGGCUUCAACGUAAUUUUAAAUGGAUGGUGUAAUAUUGCGGUUGACAUAUCUGAAGCCAAGAGGGUAUGGCGAGAAUUGUCGAAAUGCUGUAUUGUGCCAAAUGGGACUUCUUACAUGCACAUGAUUUCCUGUUUCUCCAAAGUUGGCAAUCUGUUUGACUCCCUCAGGCUCUAUGAUGAAAUGAAGAAACGAGGUUGGGUUCCUGGGACAUCGGUGUAUAAUUCUCUGGUGUAUAUACUAACCCAUGAGAAUUGCCUGAAGGAAGCUUUGAAAAUCGUGGAUAAGAUGAAAAAAGAGGGCGUGCAGCCCGAUUCCACUACGUACAACUCGAUCAUAUUUCCUCUUUGUGAAGCGUCUAAGUUGGAAGAAGCAAGAACCGUAUUGGCUAUGAUGAUAGGGGAUAACGUAAGUCCAACGAGGGUAACAUACCAUGCAUUACUCUCAGCUGCAAGCCUAGAAGGAACUUCUGAACUUCUAAAUAAUAUGAGGAAAGCUGGACUUGGACCGAGCAGGGAUACGUUUCUAUUAGCACUCAAUAGGUUCUUCAAGUUAAAGGAUCCCGAAAAUGCGAUGAAGCUAUGGGUGGAGAUGAAAUCGUACGAGGUAAUGCCCGAUUCUGCACAUUACACUGUGAUGGUGGAAGGGCUCCUGAAUUGCGGAAUGUUAGUCAGGGCCAAAGAGUUAUAUGCUGAGAUGAAACGUAAUGGGAUUGUCGAUGACCCAAAGCUCCAGAAGCUCAUGAAACUGAAGGAAUCUAAUAGAAAUGGUGGUAAUCGGAGUGAAAGGGAGGACAGUACCGUAAAACAUGGCAAGAGAACUCAAUGGACACACCACAGAGAAGGCAAUGUGGUUAGGAGCCAAAAACACGAUAACCCCACACAAAAGAAGAGAUAAUAGAAGGACAUUUGAGUUUGAAGGUUUCAUCAUUUCUAGUGAGGGCUUCAUCAAUGUGGCUUAGCAUUCUUGUUGGAACAAUGAAGCUUUGCUACAAACCAGGUGCACUCUCACACUUCCUCCAUAUAUUUACAGUCAUCUUCUUCUCUUACUUUACUAGUAGAAUCUGAUUAUCUGAAGCUUGGCAAUGAUGAAACUUCUGAUUAUUUAAAGUUGAGAUUGCAAA